AUGAACUACAACUCCUUCAGUCCGGUCCCUGUCACGGUUGCUUCAUCUUUGGGUUUUGAUUUAGUCGCAGCUACAGCUAGAGGUGACACCGUGGUAGUACUUUCUUUCUCAGGUGGUUUAUCCAAUGAACUUUUAUCGGUGCAACUGCCAACUACUUCAUUUUUCUUAGGCAUAAGGCUAGGAGGAGUCUCCACUUUCGCAGCCACCGCUUUUGCUGUGCCAAUCACUGAAUUUGCUGGGAUGUAGCUGCUGAUCCCACACUUGGCUUUUGUGGCGUUACAACAUUAGCUGCUGCUCCCACACUUGGCUUUUGUGGCGUUACAACAGUAGCUGCUGCUCCCACACUUGGCUUUUGUGGCGUGACAACAGUAGCUGCCGCUACCACACUUGGCUUUUGUGGCGUGACAACAGUAGCCGCAGGAGCUCUCUGUGUGGGGACCAACCUUGACGAUGCAAAACUAGGAGGAACUGAAUUACUCUGGAUUGUAGAUCCUUUGGAGAGAGGAGCCAUAUGUAAAGGCUUAGUAAAGGGUGAUGAAGGUAUCGUGUGGUUUGGGCUUCCAUUGACUGCAUGCCUUAAAUUCAAAGGUCCAACCGAUUUAGUGUUAGUGGCAGCAGCAGGAACAAUCUUUACUGGGUCAGCCUUUGGUGCUGAUAGCAUACUUGAUGGGCGAGGAAAAGAGGCUGCAGAAGCGGCGGAUUUUACAAGCUCAGCCUUUGGUGAAGAUAUAAUACCUGAUGUACAAGGCAAAGAGGCUGCAGAAGCGGCGGAUUUUACAAGCUCAGCCUUUGGUGCGGAUAUAAUACCUGAUGGACGAGGCAUAGAGGCGGUGGUUUUCACAGACUCAACCUUUGGUGCUGAUAUCAUUCCUGAUGGACGAGGCGAAGAGGCUGCAGAAGCAGCGGUUUUUACAGGCUCAGCCUUUGGAGCUGAAAUAAUACCUGAUGGACGAGGCAAAGAGGCUACAGAGGCGGUGGUUUUCACAGGCUCAACCUUUGGUGCUGAUAUCAUUCCUGAUGGACGAGGCAAAGAGGCUGCUGAAGCAGCGGUUUUUACAGGCUCAACCUUUGGUGCUGAAAUAAUACCUGAUGAACGAGGCAAAGAGGCUGCCACAGCGGUUUUUACAGGCUCAGUAUUCAGUGCUGAUGAUAUACCUGAAGGACGAGGCAUAGAAACUGUGGAAGCGGUUUUUACGGGUUCAGUCUUCGGCACCAACGCAGAAACAGCAUUCUUUCCUGGUUCAAUCUUAGGCACUGUUACAGCGGUUGCCAGGCCAGACAUACAGGCUGCAGCAGCUACUGAAUUAGCAGUUACCAUUAGGUCUGCUCUCGAAGUGGAGUUCCCUGUUGUUUUCUUUACAGGAACUCGAGAUUUUGCAACUGGCACUGAUGUUGUUGCCCGUGAUAAUGCUUGA